AUGUUAAACAAAUCAGUUGUAAGAAGUUAUCUUAAUAUGUCUCGCGUGUUCAUGGACAUCGGCAUCAACGGCAAGGCCGCUGGUCGCAUUGUUUUCAAGCUCUACGAAGACACGCCCAAGACUUCGGAUAACUUCCGUCACUUGUGCAUUGGCGACAAGACUGGCAAGUCGGGCCAGAAGCUGACCUACAAGGGCUGCCCCUUCCACAGAAUCAUCCCCGGCUUCAUGGCUCAGGGUGGUGACUUCACCCAGCGUAACGGCACCGGCGGUGAGAGCAUCUACGGCAACCGCUUCGAGGACGAGAACUUCAACCACAAGCACACCAAGCCCUACCUGCUCUCCAUGGCCAACGCCGGCCCCGGUACCAAUGGCUCUCAGUUCUUCAUCACCUUCGCCGCUACCCCUUGGCUCGAUGGUGCCCAUGUCGUGUUCGGCGAAGUUGAGUCAGGACAGGAUAUUGUGAAGGCUAUGGAGUCCAAGGGCCAGGAUAGCGGCCGCGUGACUGGCGAAGUCAUCGUCACCGACUGCGGCGUCCUCUAA